GCUCAUUCAAGGGUCAAAGGUCGCAUACCCGGAAGUGAUCUGAACAUUCAACUUUUCUGGUCCACUUGUGGAAGCAUGGGUCGAGUGCUGAUCACCGGGGCGUCAGGCCUGCUGGGCCGCGCCCUCAUGCAGGAGUUCCAGGGAGCAGCAGGGUGGGAGGUGCUCGGACUGGCCUACUCACGGGCGGGGGGGAGUCUGAAGAAAGUGGACCUGCGAGACCAGGCUGCAGUGAGAGAAACUGUACAGGAAUUCAAGCCCAACAUUCUGAUCCACUCUGCUGCCCAGAGGAGGCCUGAUGUUGUGGAGAAGGAUGAAGAAGCGACGAGUGCACUGAACGUAGAGGCUACAAGGACUGUGGCCCAGGCCGCAGUUGACGUUGGUGCCUUCUUGGUAUACAUGAGCACUGACUACGUGUUUGAUGGCAAGUCUCCGCCCCACAAGGUGACGGAUCCUCCGAAUCCGCUCAACAAAUACGGCAUCAGCAAACUGGCUGGGGAGAAGGUGGCACUGGAGGUGGCCAAAGAUGGUGCUGUGCUGAGAGUACCCAUCCUCUAUGGACCUGUGGAAGCGAUUGACGAGAGCGCGGUGACGGUUCUCUUUGGCGCUGUGCAGAACACGGAAAAGACGGCAAAGAUGUCGGACUACGAGAGGAGGUACCCGACACACGUGGAUGAUAUUGCUGCGGUCUGCAGGCAGCUGGCAGAGAAAAGGCUACAGGACCCAAGCCUGCAUGGUGUGUUCCACUGGAGCGGAGACGAGGAGAUGACGAAGUACACAAUGUCUAUCGCCAUGGCAGAGGUGUUCAGCCUCCCCUCCUCUCACCUGGUCCCCGAUAAGGAGCCUUCGGGAGGAGCCCCCCGGCCUUACAACGCACAGCUGGACGUCUCAAGACUCACGGAUCUUGGGAUUGGGAAGACAAGGCCUUUUAGGGAAAGCAUUAAGGAGGUCUUGCAACCUUUCUUGAAGAAGUAAUUGUUGUAGUUGCAGAUUUGUAAAAUUUUGGUUUAUUGGUUUAAUUAUAUACUAGAAAGGUGAGCAAUGAAAAACAAUUUAAAGCUUGUCAAUGAGAACUAUUCCCAUGAAAGCCCAAGGGGAGAGAGCAACAAAAACACCAUGAGAAAGGUGAAUGUUGACUUGUUGUUAAGAACUGUGAUGAUCUCAAAAUAUAAAAAUUUGGCAGAUAAAACCUUUGGAAAAAGCUGACUGCAUAACAAUUAGUAGAGGCGUCAUGCUGCUAAAUGAGGGGUGUAGAAAGUUGCUCAAUGUAAUUGUACUUGAAGGCCAUUUUAGCGAGAAAAAACAGAAGCAUGGUAAAAAAAGACAUUCAAUUUGUAUUUGCUGGAAAAGAAUAAACUACAAUAUGAAGGCUA